CGAGCUUACUUUAGCUACUUCCACCGCGGAAAACAACCGAAUCACACUUCAAAACGCAGUCGUAUCAUGGCAUCCUCGUCUGAGCCACUUGACCUAACCGUCACCGUCAUCUCAGCCAAGCACCUAAAAAACGUCAACUGGCGUAACGGAGACCUGAAACCCUACGUCGUUCUUCACCUAAACCCAGACCACCGCCUCUCAACACGCGCCGAUGAAUCCGUUAAACCGGUGUGGAACGAGCGGAUCACUCUUCCUCUCACCAGAUCCGUCCACGAAUCGGUCCUCAACAUCGAAAUCUUCCAUUCUAAUUCGUCAGAUCCGGCGAAACCCCUAGUCGGUUCGGUGAGAUUCCCUCUGGUUGACUCAGAAGGUUCGAUGAUGACUGGAUCUAUCCACUCGAUUGAGCUGAUCCGUCCCUCGGGUCGGACACAAGGGAAGAUACGCUUGAAGCUCGAGAUCAAGAAACGGAUGAUCCAACCUCAAAAUUACUAUUCUGCCCCUCAAGUAAACCGUUAUUACUCUCCGUCUCCACCUCAGCGUGAUCACAGAGACUUCUCACCUUAUCCUUUAACCGAUCAUUACUAUUCAAGAUUCUAUUACCCUCCUCCUCCGACGACGACGACACAUUCUAUGUACGAUCGCGCCUCCAAUUACAGCCUGCCAAGUAUCCCAUCAGCUCCCAUUGAUCACAAUCCGCUUCCUCCUCGCUUUCCCAGCUACGCUCCACCGCCUAGUGUGCCACCAUCAGCUCCCGUGGAUGCUUUUCCGGUGAACGAGGCUGCUCCACAGCCGAGUGGGCCGCCAUCAGCUCCCGUGGAUGCAUUUCCGGUGAACGAGUACAACAAGCCACAGGAUCCACCGGUGAGCUCGAGAUUCUCAAGUUACGGAGUGCCGAGUGGCCGCCCAUCGGCGCCAGUGGAUUACUCUCCUUAUGAUCACAGGCAGUUGCAGAGGACGAUGGGCGGGCUGAGCUUGGAGGAGGAGAGGUCUGAGACUGAGAGCGAGUUUGGAGCUAAGCCUAGCUGCAGCUAUGCUCGUGAUUAUCGCCGUGAAUGUUAG